AUGCCGGAGGCUACGGAGAGACUAGCUUUGUGGAACGGCGUCAUUUUCUUGAGUGGCAGAGAUGGAGAGCACUUCAUGGCCAUCACAUUCACGCUGAUUGAUGCUCUCCAAACUCUAGGCAAGUCUGAAAUAAGAAGGGAAGGGUCAGUCAUACUCAUCAGACCCGAGCCGCAUCGCUCAUACCUCAGUAAAGUGCUUUCUGAUGUGCAGCUGCCCAAGAUUAGCAGAUUGAGUUUAAAGCUGAAAGUGAAGGGAAAACAGCAGCAGUGCAGUAGCGCGCGGCUCAGCAGAGCUUCAGCAUUUGCAAGCUUAUCUGCGAGAGAGCGAUUCACCAUCAAACUGGCUGAUCAGGAGAGUUGGGAAUGCUGGGAUCAGUUGAUCCAACUUCAGCUCAGCAGCUCUGGAGACUUUCUGCCCUGUGACUCCCAGCGGGUCGAGAUGCCACGUAAAGACAUGGAGGUAAUCAUGGGGCAAAUGGUGGUUUUGGAGGCCUGGUACACCCCAACCACCUCCAUUGACAAGAACACCGUCAUCUGGAGCUUUAUGGCCAAUGACUCCAAACAGGUCAUUUCCUACUCGUCAGGGCAGAUCGGCAUUGGUAGCCCUGACUUUCGUAAGCGGGUGGGUUUUGCCAUGUCCAUGCCCUCCGCCAAUUUGUCCAUCUUUAUCAACAACACGCAGGAGUCAGACUCGGGUCGUUACCUCUGUAACGUCAUCAUUCCUGGAGCUGCAGGCCUCACCGGAGAGCUACGCCUCAAUGUCAAAGUUCCUCCAUCUACACCCGUCUGCUCUAUGACUGGAAAUCCUGUCCUGAGUGGAAACGUAACGCUGAGCUGUAAAUCGGGCUAUGGCAAACCUGUUCCUCAGUACAAAUGGACCAAAGCUGCUCCUCUUUCUGAGGUCUUCUUCUCUCCAAUGCAAAAUGAGAGGCAAGGCACCCUUCGACUUAGCAACCUCACCAAAAGCAUGUCCGGCAAGUAUGUUUGUCGUGCCAGUAACACAGCUGGAACAGACAGCUGCCAUAUCAAUCUAGAGGUCUCCACACCUAAUAAUGCCUGGGUCAUUGCCGGGGCCACGGUGGGAUCAGUGGUGGGUCUGAUGGCUCUGGUCUUAUUCCUGAUUUUUAUCCUGAGGAGAAACCGGGACACUGAGGAGGAGAUGGCCAAUGAUAUCAAGGAAGAUGCCCAGGCACCAAAACGUGUCUCCUGGGCAAAAAGUGGCACAGGCUCAGACAUCAUUUCAAAGAAUGGCACACUGUCCUCCAUAGCCACCAGCCCUCCUGUACGGGACCCUAAUCAUCCUCUGCAAAAUAAUCAUUACCCAUUCCCCCCUGGUGCUUCGGAUACAGCCUCCAUUCUCACCACCUCUGGCAGUACAACCACCUACCGCCUCCGUCCAGGGGAGCCCAACCCAUUGCACGGCUUGCCUGGAUAUAAUGCCAGCAGCACACCAAAUCACACACACCGCCACCAUCACCACCACCACCGCCAUCACAGUCCUGGAGGAAUCAACCCCAACGGUUCCUCAUCAAUAAGAACUGAGGGGCCACAGCCACAGGCUCCGCGCCCCCUCAACAUGCCUAUAAACAAUGCUACUCUGUCCCGCAUGGGAGCUGUGCCAGUCAUGGUGCCCACCCAAAACCAUGCCGGGUCACUUGUGUAGCGUCCCUCGAAUAAAACAAUGUGCUAAAGACUAUAUAUCCUUUCAGAAAGGGUUUUGACAGGGAAAGUCAGGUUAGGUUAGAUCGUAAUCAGUCAAAACAUGU